GCCCAGGAGAAGCGCGGGCGGGUCACAGUAGACCUAGUGGGUGAGUCCUCUCCUGGGGCACCGGCACAAAUACACCUACAGCUUUUUAUAAAUACGCAUGUUUCCGGUGAAUGUGGCCAGGUUUUUGUGAGAGUCGGAAACAGUUUGGAUGGAUCAUUUGGUCUGACUUUUUAAAAAAAAAAAUGCUGUUCUGAAAAAGUAACGGCUUUAGAAAACGAAAUAAUUCUUUUGUGAAAUGAUCGUUUAAAAUAUGAAAAUUUAAUUUACAAGCACUAGAUCAUAAAACUUCGAAAAACAAAUCAACCGUAAAGAGUUGAAAAGACAGAGUCUAGUGUGUAAAGUUUAGUGAGAGCGCAACAAAAAGGAAAUAUAAAUUCUAACUCAAUCCCUAAAUUUUGAAACUCUUCUAGAUCUACCAUUCGAUUAAAAUAGUGAAGCAUUCAUAAAGCUUUAGGAACGAUAACUUUAGGACUACUUUGCAUUAGAACGGCAGAUUCUCCUGUUACGCUCAAUACAAGGGUGACAACUCCUAUCCCUGAUUAAUAGAAGAAAGAUUUAAUGGAUUGCCUGACAUGUAUGGUGAUGGGGAUGUGCAUGUUGUGUCGGCCGGGAUUCGGUGGGUCACACAGACAGUCUAGCAUAGUUACCGGCGCGUCAGAACCCAACCGGCCCAUGACGCAUGGUGAGAUUGCGUCAUUCUACGAGAACAUGAUUGAUCGCAUAGAACGUCAAAGGGUGACGCCCGCACCCCAGGUGCCCUACACCCGGAGGGAGACCCACCGCAACGACCCCCGUUUCACCAACAUGGGUAUCGGCAAGAGGCAACGCUCUAAGAUCGACCACUACAACUUCGCUCUCGGUAUUGGCAAAAGAGUUUCCGGAAAUGACCAAAGAUGGAACACAAUUGACGAUUUUUAUCCGAAUAACAUUUUCGAUCGGAAAAAUCAACUCAGCGUUUCGCCUGACGUCAUACCAGACGAUGAAAAUGAAGACAUGGCCAGGUACUCGACGAAUUUUAAGACUUUAUUUAAAUCUCCGAAAUCUGAAAGCGGACAGGAGUUUUAUCGAGAUAUAAAGAAGGUCUUACAAGAGAACAGCAAGAUACUCGAAGAGAGCCAGAAGUUUUACAACGUGGAGAAAACAAAACUAGACGCAAGAAGAAAGGCAAAGGAAGCCCAAGACUUAUCAACUAUGUUGGGGUUUGGAAGUUAAACAAAGCAAUAAAAAUCUUCCACACAAAGCGUUUGUGCGAGUUUCUCAGCUGGUUGUAUCUAUCAGAGAUAGGAUGUCGCCUCACGGUGUGGCUAGGUGAGGUAGUUCAGCCUC